AUGGCCGAAUACGAAGCUUGUGUUCGUGGUGUGAAAAUGGACAUCGACAUGAAUGUCUAUGAGUUAUUUGUUAUUAGAGACUCAGAUCUUUUGAUUCAUCAUGUCCAAGGAGAAUGGGCUGUGAAGAACCCAAAGAUUAUACCUUACGUACAGUACGUGCAGAAGUUGUGCAAAAGAUUUUGUAACAUCGAGUUCAGACAUACUCUUAGAGUACAGAAUGAAUUGGCCGAUUUUCUUGCCACCAUCGCUUUGAUGAUUAAACAUCCGGACACAGAUUAUAUUGGUCCUCUGGAUAUAGAGUUAAAAGGACAUCCAAUCCAUUGUUUCCAUGUUGAAACAGAACCAGACGAUACAUGCUGGAGUUUGUGGUACGCAUAUGAACGGGCUCACUUUGGCAAGAAAGAUCCUAUGAGCCGGGUAUUUAUGGAUGACAAUGGAGAAUGA